CACAACCUUGCCAGUUUGUUACUUUUCUACAUCUAUAGUACUGCUUCGUGUCAAAACAGGUAGUGGUUUAUUGGUGAUCACAUUAUUCCAACAUUCAGCAAUGUUGCGGAAUAUUUUAUGUGAUGUGAGAUGCAUGGGCUACAGAGUUGGCCAUUUUUAUCAACAGAUGGAACGUGUUGAAAGGACUGUGACUAAUAAAAGUUAUCUUUCAUAUAUUAGUUAUGAUAAACACCAAAGUUUUAAAGUGCAGUUGCCUAACAUGUGUUUGACUGAAGUAAAAAGGGAAGGUGAUAAAACCCAUUCACAUGAAACAAAUGGAUUCUUUAAAAAGCUCAAAGAUUUUAAUUCAGAAAAUUAUAUGAGAACUACUGAAACUUGCAUUAGUUCACAAGGCUAUUUGAACUCUACAAGAAAUAUUGCAAGCAUAUGGAAGCCAGUGCUGUCUGAGUCAUUGUUGUCUUCAGUAUCACAACCAGGCUUUAGUCAAAAUGCUCGAUCCAUGGCCACAGGAAAAGACAAUUUUUCAAGUAUCCGCAACCGCAUAUCGUCUUUGCAAGCAAGGAAGAGAGUUCCAAAGAAGAAGAAAAAAUCUGAUGUGGAUUCUGAAGAGGAUAGGGAAAUGAUAGAAGGAUUUGCUCCUGUGGCCCGUCACAAGUUUCUUACUUAUGAUCCAGAUUUUGCUCUUCCAGAAAUUCAAGCGCAUAGGCCAUUGCAUAGAGAUUGGCAAGUUAUCGCAUACGCAACAGCUGACGAAUACGAUUUGGAUGGGCUGUUAGAAGGUCUGACUCAUCAAGGUCUGUACUCCGCUGCUGCUAUUAAUCCAGGUAAUGUUUCCGCAGACAGUCCAGUUCAUGCCACAUCAGGCAAAGCAGGAAAAACCUCCACACAGUCCUCUAGUAGCAUUCACCAGAAUGUACCCUUUACGGGCAGUAGUUCUCCUCAAACCUCAUCCACAACAAUGCCAGAUGCUCACGAUGUUUUGCAUAUGGUUGCUACGUAUCAGAUAGGAUCAGAGAAUCGGGAGAUUUAUUUCUUUCGAGAAGGUUCCGUUGUAUUCUGGAACGUCACAGAACUUGAAUGUGCUAGUGUGCUACUCUUUCUAAAGAAAUAUGAACAAGGUAGUUACAAGAAAGAUGUUAUUGAAGAGGAAAGUGAAAGUCUCACCUACACCUACUCUGACACUGC